AUGAGUGAAUCCGUCCACUACCCAAAACAUGUCAUUGGUACUCAUAUGAGGGAAUUUAUGGUACAAGAAAUGUUUACUGAAAGUGGAGUUGAGAUGGUUGUGUUAUUGAAGGAUUUGCGACACCAAACCACAGCAAAAUUAACUGUCAGUGCAUUUAUUCAAAAAGUUAAUAUUCUGAGGGAUAUUGUUCAGGGUGAGGAGAGUGAAGAUAUGCUUGAAUCCACCUUGGUUUGGGAACGCACUGAGGAUCUGAAUUGUGUACCGGGGUUUCUUAACAAGUUACAAGAUUGUGUUAACUCAUCGUUUAAUUGCUCAUUAAGUGGACCUACUCCUCUUGGGUCUCACCGUAGCUCCAAGAGAAGGCGAAGCAGUAUCCUUUAUAAUCUUGAAAAGAGCAGUAGUACCAUUGAAUCCAUGGGAGGGUCUGUGGCUGUAGCAACAGCGAUACACAAUGCCUUAGCAACUUUGUCAUCUCCUGUCAUUUCAUCCCACCCACUUCAGGCAACACUGAAUUCCAUUGCUGAUUUAUACAGCAGUGUUCAGAUCAUUAGAAACCACAUAUCUGAACCCAGGUCAACAUCAUCAGAAGAAGAAUAUAGCAAGCAACUUGUAGUAUUGUUGUGUACUAGUCAGUUAACACUAAAGAACUUAUCUUCCUCUGGUUAUAUAGAACCUGAUACCUCUUGUGAUAGUUGUAUUGAGCUGCAAGAAAAGUUUAGAGAAGCAGAGGUGAAGAUCACUAAUUGCACAUCGAGGAUUUUCCAGGGAGUUAAAAAUGAAGUUACCAGUUUGGUUGAAGAAGAAUGUUUGAGAUUAAGUUCCCUAUCUGAGAGUUUGGCCCUAGACAUUGGUAAAUUAGCCAUCAUGUCAACAGUUCCUAUACCAGAAACUUCAAAAUUAAAACCAGGUGGCCCAUUGUGUGUGAAUUUUACAGAAGGAAUAAGAUGUGGUCUAGAGUCAUUACUUUUGAAAUCUGUUGAUUCAGCAGUGCAUUCUGCCAAUAUAUUAUCUAACUGUAAAAGCCGUGCAGAAAGCAGUAGAGUGAUAGAGGCAGCAGAAUCAGCCAUGCAAAACAUUGCACUAUUUUUGAAAAAAUUUGUUAAGCUUAAUGCAGCAGUUGAAUAUGGAAGAGAAAUCACUGAAGAUGAACAAAAGGAUAUUAUAGAUGAAUGGGUAUUCAAGGCAGAAUCGGCUUCAGAGACAAUAAUCCAAUUACAAAAAUCUUUGGUAGACAUUGGAGAGCAUAUUGAGAUGCCACAAGCUUUAAAUUCUGAAAUGUGGAGAAGACUUGCUGAAGAGCUAAAAGGAAGACUGGAGAAACUUCUGUGUUUUGCUGGUAUUGGUGCAACCUCUUUUGACAUUACAAAUUGUUCCAUCUCAUCAAGCCUUGACUCUGAAAACAGUGCCAUGUUUAUGGAUGAACUGCAGAAUAUUGCCAAGAUUUCUUUACAGUCUGUAGAAAGACUAAUUGACACUGUAAGUAAGAAUAACAGUCCCUACUUUGAUGAGCUAGUUUCACAGGAUAUGCAAAAGAAGUUCUUUGGCCAUUGGCCAAAGAACUGUAGUGAAUACAAAAUGUAUCUUGAGGAUCAGAAAACAAAACAGUGGUGUCAGUCUCCCAAGAAGAGUUCCCUCCGUACAGUAGUUGCUCCAAAGGAAGAGAAAAAGGUUAGAUUUGAUGUUGAAUAUGAUUCAGCAUCUGAGAGUUACAUUGAAAAUGUAGAUACCAUAAACAUUUGAAAUGUAAAUGUAUUAGUGAUGUUAAAUAAUACAGAUUUAGUAAUGGAAGUCAGUAUUUUGUCAUUUGUUCCAUUUGCAGUUUUAUUAAUGCUUUACAUUUUAUAGGUGUUAAAAACAAUGUCUUCAAAACAAAUGUACUAUAAUGUAUAUAUAGAAUAAAUCAUAUGGUAACAUUUUAAAGAUUGCUUUCUUUGUUUUGUAAAAUUAGGUAAUCAAAUUGCCAGUUGUUGAAGCAGGGGGUCUGUUAAUUACUGUACAGAUUUUUUAAUGUUACAAAUCAGCUCAAGAUAGUAGUGCUAUGAUUACAGCUUAGAAUUAAAAAAAUAUAUGACUGCAUUCUUAAAAAGUUUUGAGAGAUUUCAUAUUUACAUAUAUUUGAUAUAGAAAUGUUAAUCUAAGCUAGCAAUGUAAGCAUAUGAUUAUGAUUUAUUUAUUUCAUGUGCUUAAAACCUGGAUGUAUUUAUCUAUGUAUAUAGGAGAUCCCAUGUGAACAAGCUUAUGUAAAGUUUCUUCAUAAUUUUAUGUCACCACACAAAUAAAAAUAUGCUAAUUUAGUGUAGUAUUCCUGACUUUCUAAAAACAGUAAAACUUCACAUUGUACAAAUUACAAAGUUUUUGCAAAUAUACUUGUUUAGGUGAGCAUUUAGUAUAUUCUCUGGUUUUUGUCACAAGAUGGCAUUCUGUUCUGUGGAAGCUUGUUUUGCUAGUAAUGACCUUUUAGGCUAAGUUAUAUAUGAAUGUACUGAUUUUGAAUAAAAGCAAUUGAUAUACCUA